CCCAGCCUCGCUCUCCUGCUCGCUCGCGCCGCCGGCUCGCGGGGCUGCCGCCCCCGCCGGCCGGGGCCAUGCAGGAAAGCCAGACCAAGAGCAUGUUCGUGUCCCGGGCCCUGGAGAAGAUCCUAGCUGACAAGGAGGUGAAGCGGCCCCAGCACUCCCAGCUGCGUAGGGCCUGCCAGGUGGCGCUCGAUGAAAUUAAAGCAGAAAUAGAAAAGCAGAGGCUUGGCGCUGCAGCUCCGCCAAAGGCAAACUUCAUUGAAGCCGACAAGUAUUUCCUUCCAUUCGAGCUGGCCUGCCAGUCCAAGUCCCCCCGGGUGGUCAGCACAUCCCUGGAUUGCUUGCAGAAACUCAUCGCAUAUGGGCACAUCACUGGCAACGCCCCUGACAGUGGAGCUCCCGGGAAGCGGCUGAUCGACAGGAUUGUUGAAACCAUUUGCAAUUGUUUUCAGGGCCCUCAGACGGAUGAAGGGGUUCAGCUACAAAUAAUUAAGGCUCUUCUGACUGCAGUGACCUCCCCACACAUUGAAAUCCAUGAAGGCACUAUCCUGCAGACAGUGAGGACAUGCUACAAUAUCUACCUGGCCAGCAAAAACCUCAUCAAUCAAACCACCGCCAAGGCCACGCUUACCCAGAUGCUGAAUGUCAUCUUUACCCGCAUGGAAAAUCAAGUGGCCACAGCAGGAUCUCCUAAAUUCAGCCGAUUGAAGCAGAGCCAGGCCCAGAGCAAACCAACGACUCCUGAAAAAACAGAAUUGCCCAACGGUGAUCAUGCCAGGAGUGGCCUAGGGAAAUCAAGCUCAGAAAAUGGAGAGGCUCACCGAGAAAGAGGCUCAUCAUUCUCUAGUUCAGCCGAGCCUUCCAGGGGCACUGACGAUGGAGCCCAGGAGGUGGUAAAGGACAUCUUAGAGGAUGUAGUCACAUCUGUUGUGAAAGAAGCAGCAGAAAAACAUGGUCUGACGGAGCCCGACCGAGUCCUGGGUGCCCUGGAGUGCCAGGACUACGCUGUUCAGCCAGGGGUUGAUGAGAACUCACAGACCAAUGGCAUAGCCGACGACAGGCAGUCGCUGUCCUCAGCGGAUAACCUGGAACCAGAUGUUCAAGGACAUCAAGUGACUGCUAGGUUCUCUCACAUUCUACAGAAGGACGCCUUCCUGGUGUUUCGCUCCCUGUGCAAGCUGUCAAUGAAACCUCUUGGGGAAGGACCCCCAGAUCCAAAGUCCCAUGAGCUGCGUUCCAAGGUGGUUUCCCUGCAGCUGCUGCUCUCUGUGCUGCAGAACGCUGGCCCAGUCUUCAGGAGCCACGAGAUGUUCGUCACUGCCAUUAAGCAGUACCUGUGUGUGGCCCUGUCCAAGAAUGGCGUGUCCUCAGUGCCUGAUGUCUUCGAGCUCUCACUUGCUAUUUUUCUUACUCUUCUUUCAAACUUCAAGAUGCACUUGAAAAUGCAGAUAGAGGUCUUUUUCAAAGAAAUUUUCCUGAACAUUCUAGAAACAUCCACAAGUUCUUUUGAGCACCGCUGGAUGGUCAUUCAGACCCUGACGAGGAUUUGUGCAGAUGCCCAGUGUGUUGUGGAUAUUUAUGUCAACUAUGACUGUGACUUAAAUGCUGCUAACAUUUUCGAGCGUCUAGUAAAUGAUUUAUCCAAAAUCGCUCAGGGAAGAAGUGGACAUGAGCUGGGGAUGACGCCUCUACAGGAGCUCAGUCUGAGGAAGAAAGGCCUAGAGUGUCUUGUGUCCAUUCUCAAGUGCAUGGUGGAAUGGAGCAAGGAUCUGUAUGUGAAUCCCAACCACCAGGCCACCCUGGGUCAGGAGCGGCUCCCAGAUCAGGAAAUGGGAGAUGGAAAAGGCCUUGACAUGGCAAGACGGUGUAGUGUGACAUCAGUGGAGUCCACAGUGUCCUCGGGAACCCAGACAACCAUUCAGGAUGACCCAGAGCAGUUUGAGGUCAUCAAACAACAGAAGGAAAUCAUUGAGCAUGGCAUCGAGCUCUUCAAUAAGAAGCCCAAGCGGGGAAUUCAGUUUCUCCAAGAGCAAGGCAUGCUGGGAACAGACGUAGAGGACAUUGCCCAGUUUCUGCACCAGGAGGAGCGGCUGGAUUCUACCCAGGUGGGCGAAUUUCUGGGUGAUAGCACGAGGUUCAACAAAGAGGUGAUGUAUGCCUAUGUGGACCAACUGGACUUCUGUGAAAAAGAGUUCGUCUCAGCCCUGAGGACAUUCCUGGAAGGCUUCCGCCUGCCUGGGGAAGCACAGAAGAUUGAUCGAUUAAUGGAGAAGUUUGCCGCACGAUACAUAGAGUGUAACCAAGGGCAAACCCUGUUUGCUAGUGCUGACACUGCAUAUGUCCUGGCAUACUCCAUUAUUAUGCUAACUACAGACUUGCACAGCCCUCAGGUGAAGAAUAAAAUGACAAAAGAACAAUAUAUUAAAAUGAACCGGGGUAUCAAUGAUAGUAAAGACCUACCAGAGGAGUAUCUGUCUAGCAUCUACGAAGAAAUAGAAGGCAAGAAGAUUGCAAUGAAGGAGACAAAAGAGCACACAAUUGCAACCAAAUCUACCAAGCAGAACGUAGCUAGUGAAAAGCAGCGGCGACUGCUGUACAAUAUGGAAAUGGAACAGAUGGCUAAAACGGCCAAAGCUCUGAUGGAGGCUGUGAGCCAUGCCAAAGCCCCAUUUACCAGCGCCACACACUUGGACCACGUCAGGCCUAUGUUCAAACUGGUGUGGACGCCGUUGCUGGCAGCCUACAGCAUUGGCCUGCAGAACUGUGAUGACACAGAGGUGGCCUCCCUGUGUUUGGAAGGCAUCAGGUGUGCAGUCCGCAUUGCCUGCAUCUUUGGAAUGCAGCUGGAACGAGAUGCCUAUGUUCAGGCCCUUGCUCGCUUCUCCCUGCUGACAGCCAGCUCCAGCAUCACAGAAAUGAAACAAAAGAACAUCGACACCAUCAAGACACUCAUCACCGUGGCUCACACUGAUGGCAACUACCUUGGCAACUCUUGGCAUGAGAUCUUGAAAUGCAUCAGCCAGCUGGAGCUCGCUCAGCUGAUAGGAACUGGGGUGAAGACUCGCUACCUGUCUGGCUCCGGGCGGGAAAGAGAAGGGAGCCUGAAGGGCCACACAUUGGCAGGAGAAGAAUUCCUGGGUCUUGGCCUCGGUAAUUUGGUGAGUGGUGGCGUAGAUAAAAGACAGAUGGCCAGCUUCCAGGAGUCUGUUGGUGAAACCAGCUCACAGAGCGUGGUUGUUGCAGUGGACAGAAUUUUUACCGGCUCUACCAGACUGGAUGGAAAUGCAAUAGUUGACUUUGUCCGCUGGCUGUGUGCUGUGUCCAUGGAUGAGCUGGCUUCCCCCCACCAUCCCCGGAUGUUCAGCCUGCAGAAGAUUGUGGAGAUAUCUUACUACAACAUGAGCCGGAUCCGGCUGCAGUGGUCUCGGAUAUGGCAUGUCAUUGGAGAGCACUUCAACAAGGUUGGCUGUAACCCCAAUGAAGAUGUGGCCAUCUUUGCUGUUGAUUCACUGCGGCAACUCUCCAUGAAGUUUCUGGAGAAGGGAGAGUUAGCCAACUUCCGAUUUCAGAAGGAUUUUCUGAGGCCAUUUGAGCACAUUAUGAAGAAAAAUAGGUCCCCGACCAUCCGGGACAUGGUGAUCCGCUGCAUCGCCCAGAUGGUGAGCUCCCAGGCAGCCAACAUCCGUUCGGGCUGGAAGAACAUCUUUGCUGUGUUCCACCAGGCAGCCUCUGACCACGAUGGGAACAUUGUGGAACUGGCCUUCCAAACCACAGGCCACAUCGUCUCAACCAUUUUCCAGCACCACUUUCCUGCAGCCAUCGACUCCUUCCAGGACGCUGUCAAGUGCUUGUCGGAGUUUGCCUGCAAUGCCGCGUUCCCUGACACCAGCAUGGAGGCCAUCCGGCUCAUCCGCUUCUGUGGGAAAUAUGUCUCAGAGAGGCCUCGGGUACUGCAAGAAUACACGAGCGAUGACAUGAAUGUGGCUCCUGGUGACAGAGUCUGGGUCAGAGGCUGGUUUCCCAUCCUGUUUGAGCUCUCCUGCAUCAUUAACAGAUGCAAGUUAGAUGUGCGCACAAGAGGACUCACCGUCAUGUUUGAGAUCAUGAAGAGCUAUGGCCACACCUUUGCAAAGCACUGGUGGCAGGACCUUUUCAGAAUCGUGUUUCGAAUUUUUGACAACAUGAAACUCCCUGAGCAGCAGUCAGAGAAAUCAGAGUGGAUGACGACCACCUGCAAUCACGCUCUGUAUGCUAUUUGUGACGUGUUCACCCAGUUCUAUGAGGCUUUGAAUGAAGUGCUUCUCUCUGAUGUGUUUGCACAACUGCAGUGGUGCGUGAAACAAGAUAACGAGCAGUUGGCGCGAUCAGGCACUAAUUGCUUAGAGAACCUCGUCAUAUCCAACGGAGAGAAGUUCAGCCCUGCUGUUUGGGAUGAAACCUGCAAUUGCAUGUUGGACAUUUUCAAAACCACCAUUCCACAUGUUUUGCUGACAUGGAGACCUGCGGGAAUGGAAGAAGAGUCCUCCGAUAAACAUUUGGAUGUGGACCUGGACCGCCAGUCUUUAAGUAGCAUAGACAGGAAUGCCUCUGAGAGAGGACAGAGCCAGUUCUCCAACCCCACGGACGACAGCUGGAAGGGCGCACCAUAUGCAAAUCAGAAACUGUUGGCCAGCCUCCUCAUCAAGUGUGUGGUUCAGCUGGAGCUGAUACAGACCAUUGACAACAUCGUCUUCUACCCUGCGACCAGCAAAAAGGAGGAUGCGGAGCACAUGGUUGCUGCCCAGCAAGACACACUAGAUGCAGAUAUCCACAUCGAGACGGAGAAUCAGGGCAUGUACAAGUUCAUGUCUUCCCAGCACCUCUUCAAGCUGUUGGACUGCCUGCAAGAGUCCCAUUCGUUCUCCAAGGCCUUCAACUCCAACUAUGAGCAGAGAACUGUCCUCUGGAGAGCAGGCUUCAAGGGCAAGUCUAAACCCAAUCUUCUCAAACAAGAAACCAGCAGCCUGGCCUGUUGUUUGAGGAUCCUGUUUAGAAUGUAUGUCGAUGAGGACCGCAGGGAUUCCUGGGGCGAAAUACAGCAGCGACUUUUAACGGUUUGCAGCGAAGCGCUUGCCUAUUUCACCACCGUGAACUCGGAAAGCCAUCGGGAAGCAUGGACGAACCUCCUGCUGUUACUUCUAACCAAAACCCUCAAGAUAAAUGACGAAAAGUUCAAAGCACACGCGUCAGUGUACUACCCCUACUUGUGUGAAAUCAUGCAGUUUGACCUGAUACCUGAGCUCCGCGCAGUUCUUCGGAAGUUCUUCCUGCGGAUAGGCCUGGUGUAUAAGAUAUGGGUUCCAGAAGAGCCGUCACAAGUGCCAGCAACAUUGUCAUCGAUGUGGUAGCACUGGCUCCCACGGUCACUGCUGUGGUUCUGCAGAGUAUUCAUCAUGCCAUCCUGACUGGCAAACAAGGAGCCACCCACCCUGUUGGAGUUCAGACCUGGAUAGCAGUGACCUGUCCACUGGCCUCAUCACAGUCCCCAGCGUCGGCUCCUGGUGUCUCGUUACACCAUUGCACACCAGUAACACAGUGGUGGGGUCAGUUCACCAUCUGUCAUUCCAUUUUGCUGACUGAACUGUCAAAUCUGUUGUAAAACCAUAAUUUCCUCGCAGAGCUCCAAAACUGGCAAUAAAUGUUUUGUCAGAGGAAGUCACUCUCCUUGGAAGUAAUGAACAUCGCUGUAUAGAUUCGUGUUUAUUAGAGAGUAUGUUAAUAAAAUUCCUUGUAACGGCUAACUGCCACCUAAGUA